AAUGUUGGAUUUGGCAUUCAUAAAUAACUACCUCAACUCUAAUGAUUUUAAUUCUGUCUCGGCGAAUCCAGGAAGAGUAUUGUUCUGUUAAAACUCCAAUAAUUUAUACCUGACAAAAAGUCAAAAAACCAACCCCAAACAUUAAUAAAAAAAAGAGCUUCAGAGGGAGAUGACAGAAAUCGUUAGCAACUACGACAAUAAUAGUGCAUUAUGCAGAGCAGCAGAAGAGGGCCCCACGACAUGAUGCCCCUUCAAUUUCAUAUAUUAUUGGAAUAUGGGCGUGGGGUUUCGGACCCGUUUGUCACUCUCAGUUUCAGGGGCUUCAAAGAUCAAAGUUUUGAGAGCCAUCUUCUUCAAGGUUCUAUUGUAUGUGAGAGAGCUUUUGGCGAUGAUGUUUGGUUGCAAGUGCUUUUUUUGGAACACGGUCACCGAUUUGUCUUCGCCUCCUGAGCCCAAACCAUUCUCGCUGCCGGCUCCGAUUCCCAUAUGGCCUGAAGGUGGAAGUUUUGCCCGUGGAAAAAUAAGUCUUGGAGAAUUAGAAGUUAUUAAAAUCUCCAGCUUUGAGUUAAUUUGGGGCUCUAAUCCGAUACAAGACAAGAAGGGUGUUACAUUUUAUAAACCGGUGGGUAUACCUGAUGGUUUCUAUUGCCUUGGCCACUACUGCCAACCUAACAGCCAGCCUUUACGGGGAUUUGUUCUUGUGGCUAGAGAAGUAGAUACUCAUCUGUCAGAAACCCCCCAUGCUCGUGACCCUGAUCAGUCACCUGCUCUUCAAGAGCCCCUUGAUUAUUCCUUAAUAUGGAGUUCUGAUUAUGGAAGCAAGGAAAAUAAUGGUGGAUGUUGUUAUGUUUGGCUACCUCAGCCACCUGAGGGUUACAAGCCCAUGGGCUAUUUGGUUACUGACAAGCCAGACAAGCCUGAGUUGGAUAAAGUGAGAUGUGUUCGAGCUGACCUAACUGACAAAUGUGAAAUUUACCGCCUCUUACUUGCUACCAGUUCUAAAUUGCCAAAUUAUCCAUUUCGAGUUUGGGAUACAAGACCCUCCCACCGGGGAAUGCUGGGGAGAGGAGUUCCUGUAGGGACAUUUUUCUGUGGUAGCUACUGGGACGCUGGAGAAGAGCUACAUAUUGCAUGUCUGAAGAAUCUAAAUCAUAUUUUACCUGCAAUGCCAAACAUUGAUCAGAUUCAUGCACUAAUCCACCACUAUGGACCCACUAUAUUUUUUCAUCCUGAAGAGGUCUUCUUGCCAUCUUCUGUUCCAUGGUUUUUCAAAAAUGGAGCACAGUUGUUCAGAGCUGGCUUUUUAGAUGGUGAGGCUAUUGAUGCAAGUGGCUCAAAUUUGCCAGCUGGGGGAAAGAAUGACGGGGAGUUUUGGAUUGACUUGCCAGGUGAUGAUCGGAGAGAGAGUGUCAUACAUGGAAACUUGGAAAGUGCAAAACUUUACGUUCAUGUCAAGCCAGCUCUUGGAGGAACUUUUACUGACAUUGCAAUGUGGGUUUUCUGCCCCUUCAAUGGGCCAGCUAAGCUUAAAGUUGGGUUAGUGAAUAUUGCUCUAAGUAGGAUUGGACAGCACGUGGGUGACUGGGAGCAUAUCACACUCCGUAUAUGCAACUUCACUGGAGGGCUUUGGAGUAUAUACUUCUCACAGCACAGUGGGGGUGAAUGGGUAAAUGCUUAUGAUUUGGAGUACAUAGAGGGGAAUAAAGCUGUUGUUUACUCAUCAAAAGGUGGGCACUCAAGCUACCCUCAUCCAGGAAUCUAUCUCCAGGGCUCCUCAAAGCUUGGGAUUGGAGCUAGGAAUGACUGUGCUCUAAGUAACUUAUAUGUAGAUUCAAGCGUCCAUUAUCAAUUAGUUGCAGCAGAGCAUCUUGGAGAUGAGGUUGUUACAGAACCUUUCUGGUUGCAGUUUAUGAGAGAGUGGGGUCCAACUCUCAUCUAUGAUUCGAGAACUGAACUGGAUAAAAUAAUUAAGAUUUUGCCGGUGAUGCUUCGUUAUUCGGUAGAGAGCAUAUUCGACAAGUUGCCAGUGGAGCUGUAUGGGGAGGAAGGUCCUACUGGGCCAAAGGAGAAGAACAACUGGGUGGGAGAUGAAAGAAGCUAGAUUUGUCGGAAAACCUCCUUGAUUGAUUGUUGGUUCUUCAUCUCCUGCUGUUUAUGUUCAUAUACACACACGGUUAUCUAGUGCUGUUUGAAGGCUGGUGUUGUUUAGCCGCACAUAAAUUUCUCAUUCGUAUAUAAGCAUGUUUAGAUAGAAUUGCAGCAUGGCGCUCCAGUUGAACAAAGGAUCCUUGGAAGUGGUGUAUUUUAGAUUUAUGUUUAGGUUAGCCCCAAGUAGUUGAGCUGCGGAUGUUAUACGCAUAAAAAACAUUGAACGAAUUUCGGAUUGUUGAUGUGUCUAUUUGUACGUAUAGCCGAUUCAUCGGAAUGUUGUAACAGAUGUUUGGAUUCAUAGUAAAGUUGAGAGACAACUUUUU